AUUGUGGACUAAAAUAUAAUACUUGUCAAUUCUCUCUCACGCUUCAUUUAUUUGUUUCGUUUGAGAUUCAUUUCUCGUAAGCCUAAAGAUCAGAAAUUAGGAUAUUCUCUCUUUACAGCAGCCAUGGAAGCCAGAAACUUCCUUCGCUUCAUCUUCCUCUCUCUCAGCGUCGCCGUUUUAAUCCUCUUCACAUGGUUCAACUUCCCCUCCGCGCCACCCUCCGCGACAGAGAUUCUCGACUGCGCCGCUAGCUCCCCUUGGUGCACCUCUUCCAAGAACCGCAUAUUCCAGCCCAAGCCACAGCCAGUCCCCACGCGCCGCCGCAGCCGAAGCCACGAGCGUGACACCCCUCGUCACCCACUGGAUCCUCUCACUGUUGGAGAAAUCAACCGGGUCAAAGCCAUCCUCUCCUCCCACGCGCUCUUCCAGUCGCCUGGGCCUCACUCGCUCCACACCGUGGAGCUCGAGGAGCCCGAGAAGUCCCGGGUCCUGGAAUGGGAACGGGGCAACCCGCUUUUCCCGAGGAAGGCCUCGGUAGUCGCACGUGCGAGGGGAGUCUCGCACGUGCUGAUCGUUGACCUGACCACGUCUGAGGUUAUCGUGCAGCGGACCGGACCCCACUCUGGGUACCCGACAAUGACGGUGGAGGACAUGACGACGGCCACGGUGGCGCCGCUGGCCAGCGCCGAGUUCAACCGCACGAUCGCUGGCCGAGGAGUUGAUCUGACGGACCUCGCUUGUUUACCAAUCUCCACGGGUUGGUACGGUGCGGCUGAGGAAGGGAGGAGGUUAAUAAAGGUGCAGUGCUACUCCAUGAAGGAUACGGUGAACUUCUACAUGCGGCCAAUAGAAGGGUUGACCGUGAUCGUUGACUUGGACACCAAACAAGUGGUGGAGUUAUCGGAUAAGGGAGCGAACAUUCCAAUACCAAAGGCUGCCAACACGGAUUACCGGUUUUCAUCGGUGGAGCCCAAUCGGGUCAUGGAUAUUCUUAACCCGAUAUCCAUUGAGCAACCCAAGGGCCCAAGUUUCACCGUGGAGGAUGAUCACCUUGUGAAGUGGGCAAAUUGGGAAUUUCACCUAAAAGCCGAUGCUCGGGCGGGAGUGAUAAUCUCUCGGGCAAGGGUCCGAGACCCGGAUACCGGAAAGUUUAGAGAUGUGAUGUACAAAGGAUUGGUAUCCGAGUUGUUUGUGCCGUACAUGGACCCCACAGAUGCAUGGUAUUUCAAGACGUACAUGGAUGCGGGCGAAUACGGGUUUGGGUUGCAGGCCAUGCCUCUUGACCCGCUCAACGACUGUCCCCGGAACGCCUACUACAUGGACGGUGUUUUUGCAGCUGCCGACGGGACACCGUAUGUGCAAUCGAAUAUGAUUUGCGUGUUCGAGAGCUACGCCGGGGAUAUCGGGUGGCGACAUUCCGAGAGUCCCAUCACGGGCAUGCAGAUUAGAGAAGUGCGGCCGAAGGUGACACUAGUGGUGAGGAUGGCAGCAUCAGUCGCUAACUAUGACUAUAUUGUGGAUUGGGAGUUUCAAAUAGACGGACUAAUCAGAAUUAAGGUUGGGCUUAGUGGUAUUUUGAUGGUGAAAGGCACCCAAUAUGACAACACUAAUCAAGUGCCAAACCAAGAGAAUCUCUACGGCACGCUUUUGUCCGAAAACGUAAUUGGAGUCAUACAUGAUCACUACAUCACAUUUUAUCUUGAUAUGGACGUGGACGGCUCAGAUAACUCCUUUGCCAAAGUGCAUCUUCAAAGGGAAAAGACCUCACCAGGAGAGUCAAGAAGGAGGAGCUACUUGAAAGCCACUAGAAACGUGGCAAAAACAGAAAAGGAAGCACAAAUCAAGCUAAAGCUCUACGAUCCCUCCGAGUUCCACGUGUUCAACCCGACGAAGAAAACACGGGUCGGUAACCCGGUCGGGUACAAGGUGGUUCCGGGUGGCACGGCUGCUAGCUUGCUUGACCUUGAUGACCCUCCUCAAAGGAGAGGUGGCUUCACAAAUAACCAAAUAUGGGUGACCCCUUACAAUAGAAGUGAGCAGUGGGCUGGUGGGUUGUUUGUCUACCAAAGCCACGGUGAAGACACUCUUGCUGUUUGGUCUGAAAGGGAUCGGCCAAUUGAGAAUAAGGACAUAGUGCUUUGGUACACUUUGGGAUUUCAUCACGUGCCAUGUCAAGAGGACUUCCCUAUAAUGCCCACAGUGUCAUCGAGCUUUGAUCUAAAGCCCGUUAACUUCUUUGAGAGCAAUCCAAUUCUUAGAAUCCCUCCCAAUGUUGAGAAGGACUUGCCUGUUUGCAAAUCCUCUUCUUCAGCUUAAUUAGAGCUUAUAAUUUAAUCUUGGUCUGUCUUCAAUCUUCAUGAUAUCAAGUAGUAUUUAAUUAUAAGACAAGACUUUGUUGUAUCUGCUAAUUUGUACAAGUAUAUCUUCAAGAAACUUAAUUAAUUCCAAGCAUCCUAUGGAAUCUUCACCCUAUCUGUGCAGGAAAAUUGAUGUACGUAAUUACCACACUUGUAAUGUUUGCUGACGUAACAAGAGAUUUGAU